AUGGCUGAUGAAUCAGAAGAAAUUCAGUCUGGAGGUCUUUUAAAAAGAUAUAUAGAACGACCUGAUUGUUUGCAAAAUGUGACACUGGCCGAUUGGGCAGCAUGGUACGACUCUAGUGGUCAACAGACAUAUAGGAAAACAAACAAGUCUGAUGUUGAUAAACUUCCAUUAGAAAAUGAUGAUGAAGAUAAUGACGAUGAAUUGCCAAAUGACGAAAAUCUUCAAAUGGUGUCCGUUUUUUUUUACUUACCCUGUACAUCUAUAUACACAUCUAUAUAUACAUCUAUAUACACAUCUAUAUAUACAUCUAUAUAUACAUCUAUACAUACAUCUAUAUAUACAUCUACACAUACAUCUAUACAUACAUCUAUACAUACAUCUAUACAUACAUCUAUAUAUACAUCUAUAUAUACAUCUAUAUAUACAUCUAUAUAUACAUCUAUACAUACAUCUAUAUAUACAUCUAUAUAUACAUCUAUAUAUACAUCUAUAUAUACAUCUAUAUAUACAUCUAUAUAUACAUCUAUAUAUACAUCUAUACAUACAUCUAUACAUACAUCUAUACAUACAUCUAUACAUACAUCUAUACAUACAUCUAUACAAACAUCUAUACAAACAUCUAUACAAACAUCUAUACAUGCAUCUAUACAUACAUCUAUACAUACAUCUAUACAUACAUCUAUACAUACAUCUAUACAUACAUCUAUACAUACAUCUAUACAUACAUCUAUACAUACAUCUAUACAUACAUCUAUACAUACAUCUAUGAAGAGGACAUUAAUAACUUACAACAAUAUACAAGAAGAGACUGUGUAG